AUGCACGGCAGAGUCACAACCCUCCUUGCCUGGGGCAGUCUGUUGGGGCUGUCUCAGGCAGCAUGCCCCUAUGCCGAAUCAGCCCAGUUGGGAAAGCGGGAUGAGGGCGAGGCAUUGGAGCCUCUCGCCAAGUACAAGAUAGAUGACAGCAGCGGUUAUAUGUCCACUGAUGCCGGCGGCCCCAUGGAGGACCAGGCUAGCCUCAAGGCCGGCGCGAGGGGCUCCACGCUGCUCGAAGACUUCAUCUUCCGCCAGAAGAUCCAGCAUUUCGAUCAUGAGCGUGUUCCCGAACGGGCGGUUCAUGCUCGAGGCGUUGGAGCUCACGGCACGUUUACCAGCUAUGCCGACUGGAGCAACCUCACGGCGGCAUCAUUUCUGAAUGCUCCGGACAAGAAGACGCCUAUGUUCGUCCGCUUCUCCACCGUUGCAGGAUCCAGGGGCAGCGCGGAUCUCGCCAGAGACGUUCACGGGUUCGCAACCCGAUUCUAUACUGAUGAGGGCAACUUUGAUGCCAUCCAGUUCCCUGACCUGGUCCACGCCGUCAAGCCAAGGCCGGACAAUGAGAUCCCCCAAGCGGCCACCGCCCACGACUCUGCUUGGGACUUUUUCAGCCAGCAGCCAAGCACUCUGCACACCCUAUUCUGGGCUAUGGCCGGCCAUGGAAUCCCGCGUAGUCUCCGUCAUAUGGAUGGCUUCGGCGUACACACGUUCCGUCUCGUAAAGGAGGACGGCUCGUCGAAGCUUGUCAAGUGGCACUGGAAGUCCCGUCAGGGGAAGGCCAGCCUUGUUUGGGAGGAGGCACAGAUUGUUGCGGGCAAGAACGCCGACUUCCACCGCCAGGACCUCUGGGAUGCCAUCGAGUCGGGCAAUGGCCCCGAGUGGGAGCUUGGCGUCCAGAUUAUCGACGAGGACAAGGUGCUGGCGUACGGCUUCGACCUGUUGGACCCCACCAAGAUCCUUCCCGAGGAGCUUGUGCCCGUCACGAAGCUGGGUGUGAUGAAGCUGGACCGCAACCCCACGAACUACUUCGCCGAGACGGAGCAGGUCAUGUUCCAGCCCGGCCACAUCGUGCGCGGCAUCGACUUUACCGAAGACCCUCUGCUGCAGGGCCGUCUUUUCUCGUACCUCGACACCCAGCUGAACCGGAACGGCGGCCCCAACUUUGAGCAGCUGCCCAUCAACAUGCCGCACUCCCCCAUCCACAAUAACAACCGCGACGGUGCCGGCCAGACCUUCAUCCACAAGAACACCGCUCAUUACUAUCCCAACACCCUCAACAAGGGCUUCCCGCUCCAAGCCAACCAGACGGUCGGCCGUGGCUUCUUCACCGCCCCCGGUCGCAAAAUCAGCGGCGAGCUCGUGCGCCUGAUCUCGCCCACCUUUGACGACCACUGGUCGCAGCCGCGGCUCUUCUACAACUCGCUCAGCCCGGUCGAGCAGCAAUUCCUCAUCAACGCGAUCCGCUUCGAGACGAGCAACGUCAAGUCGGCCGAGGUCAAGAAGAACGUGAUCGCGCAGCUCAACCGCGUCAGCCACGACGUGGCCGUGCGCGUGGCGACGGCCCUCGGGCUCGAGGCCCCCGCCCCCGACGACACCUUCUACCACAACAACGUCACCGCCGGCGUCUCCACCUUCGCCCCCAACGGCACCCUCCCCUCCAUCAAGACCCUGCGCGUCGGCGUGCUCGCCUCCACCCAGGCCAAGGACUCCCUCGCCCAGGCCGCCCAGCUGAAGGAGGCGCUCGCCGCCGACGGCCUGGUCGUCACUGUUGUGGGCGAGACGCUGGCGGAGGGCGUCGACCAGACGUACUCGGCGGCAGACGCGACGGGCUUUGAUGGCGUGGUUGUGGCCGAGGGCGCCGAGGCGCUGUUUGGCGCCGACAGCAAGCCCUCGCCUCUGUUCCCUGCUGGUCGGCCGGGGCAGGUGCUCAUCGAUGCGUACCGCUGGGGUAAGCCGGUUGGUGCGUUGGGGUCGGCGGAUGAGGCGCUGAAGAGUGUGGGCGUGCCGGUGGAUGGUGAGGGUGUGUAUGGUGAGACGGCGGUGGAUGCGUUGGUGAAGGGGCUUGAGGGGGGGUUGGCGAGGUUCAGAUUCACCGACCGGUUCGCGCUUGACGACUAG